AUGGCACAUGGUGGAGAACCCGGGCCUCUUCUCGAGUUCCUCGGCCUUGACUCUAUCGACAACCUUCGAUAUCUCACUACCUCCGACCUAGAUGACCAGUUCCGCGUCAACGGGGCAUCGCCUGCGACCAGAGCCAAGAUGCGCAAACUUUUCCACUCCUACUACAAGCCCACCCCGUGUGUUUCGGCGGCCCCUUCCGCCGUCACUCAAACACCACAGAUCCCCCUCAGCACACCCGGGCAACCACAGACCCCUAGUCUACUUGUCACCGACAAUCUCAGCCUUUCGGGUACAGACUCUGCGCACGACACCACUUCCACUAAGUAUCUCAAUGUUGUCCGCUGUAUUACUCUGCCUAACAACACCCCCUAUCGUGGCCGUACUGACGACCGAAGCAUCACAUCUUUCCUCAACAACCUCUACCAAGAAGUUGUCCAGGCCGAUCUCUCCGAGCGCCAAGCUUGGCUCCUUCUACUUCGCGCGUUCGACGAGCCCGCCAAGACCUCCCUCAGACAAGCCGUCCAACGCUCCU